CGCCCCAGAGUGAUAAGUUCGGCUUCAGACACGCCUCAGCGCCAGCAGCGAGCCGGAGCUCUAUGGAGGUGGCGGCGUGUACCAGGUGGUGGCUGCAGCAGCGAGUCCUCUGAGCUGAGAGUUUCAGGCCGUCCCCGAGUCCUUCCUCCCCCUUCCCUCCCCCUUUUUUGUUUUCCGUUCCCCUUCCCCCUCCCUUCCCCGUCCCCGACGACCGGAUCCAGAGGAGGCAGCUGCGGCGGCAGCUGCUGAGUUCUCGGUGAAGGCUUUUCAUUUGUACCAUCCCCUCCCCUCCCCACCCCAUCCAUUAAUAUUAUUCUUUUGAAGAUUCUUCGUUGUCAAGCCGCCAAAGUGGAGAGUGCGAUUGCAGAAGGGGGUGCUUCUCGUUUCAGUGCUUCUUCGGGCGGAGGAGGAAGUAGGGGUGCACCUCAGCACUAUCCCAAGACUGCUGGCAACAGCGAGUUCCUGGGGAAAACCCCAGGGCAAAACGCUCAGAAAUGGAUUCCUGCACGAAGCACUAGACGAGAUGACAACUCCGCAGCAAACAACUCCGCAAAUGAAAAAGAACGACAUGAUGCAAUCUUCAGGAAAGUAAGAGGCAUACUAAAUAAGCUUACUCCUGAGAAGUUUGACAAGCUAUGCCUUGAGCUCCUCAAUGUGGGUGUAGAGUCUAAACUCAUCCUUAAAGGGGUCAUACUGCUGAUUGUGGACAAAGCCCUAGAAGAGCCAAAGUAUAGCUCGCUGUAUGCUCAGCUAUGUCUGCGAUUGGCAGAAGAUGCACCAAACUUUGAUGGCCCAGCAGCAGAGGGUCAACCAGGACAGAAGCAAAGCACAACAUUCAGACGCCUCUUGAUUUCCAAAUUGCAAGAUGAAUUUGAAAACCGAACCAGAAAUGUUGAUGUCUAUGAUAAGCGUGAAAAUCCCCUCCUCCCUGAGGAGGAGGAACAGAGAGCCAUUGCUAAGAUCAAGAUGUUGGGGAACAUCAAAUUCAUUGGAGAACUUGGCAAGCUUGAUCUUAUUCAUGAAUCUAUCCUUCAUAAGUGCAUCAAAACACUUUUGGAAAAGAAGAAGAGAGUCCAACUCAAAGAUAUGGGAGAGGAUUUGGAGUGCCUCUGUCAGAUAAUGAGGACAGUAGGACCUCGCUUAGACCAUGAACGAGCCAAGUCCUUAAUGGAUCAGUACUUUGCCAGAAUGUGUUCCUUAAUGUUAAGUAAGGAAUUACCAGCAAGGAUUCGUUUCCUACUGCAGGAUACUGUAGAGUUGCGAGAACACCAUUGGGUUCCUCGCAAGGCUUUUCUUGACAAUGGACCAAAGACGAUCAAUCAAAUCCGUCAAGAUGCAGUGAAAGAUCUAGGAGUGUUUAUUCCUGCUCCUAUGGCUCAAGGGAGGAAUGACUUCUUCCUGGAGGGACCGUUCAUGCCGCCAAGGAUGAAAAUGGAUAGGGACCCACUUGGAGGACUUGCUGAUAUGUUUGGACAAAUGCCAGGUAGUGGAAUUGGUACUGGUCCAGGAGUUAUCCAGGAUAGAUUUUCACCCACGAUGGGACGUCAUCGUUCAAAUCAGCUCUUCAAUGGCCAUGGGGGACACAUCAUGCCUCCUACACAGUCGCAAUUUGGAGAGAUGGGGGGCAAAUUUAUGAAAAGCCAGGGGCUAAGCCAGCUCUACCAUAACCAGAGUCAGGGACUCUUAUCCCAGCUGCAAGGACAGUCGAAGGAUAUGCCACCUCGGUUUUCUAAGAAAGGACAGCUUAAUGCAGAUGAGAUUAGUUUGAGGCCUGCUCAGUCGUUCCUAAUGAAUAAAAAUCAGGUGCCAAAGCUUCAGCCCCAGAUAACUAUGAUUCCUCCCAGUGCACAGCCACCGCGCACUCAAACACCACCUCUGGGACAGACACCUCAGCUUGGUCUCAAAACUAAUCCACCACUUAUCCAGGAAAAGCCUGCCAAGACAAGCAAAAAGCCACCACCGUCAAAGGAAGAACUACUUAAACUGACUGAAGCCGUUGUGACUGAAUAUCUGAACAGUGGAAAUGCAAACGAGGCCGUCAGUGGUGUGAGAGAAAUGAGAGCCCCGAAACACUUUCUUCCUGAGAUGUUAAGCAAAGUGAUCAUCCUGUCACUAGAUAGAAGUGAUGAAGAUAAAGAAAAAGCAAGCUCUUUGAUCAGUUUACUCAAACAGGAAGGGAUAGCCACAAGUGACAACUUCAUGCAGGCUUUCCUGAACGUAUUGGAGCAGUGCCCCAAACUGGAGGUUGACAUCCCCUUGGUGAAAUCUUAUUUGGCACAGUUUGCAGCUCGUGCUAUAAUUUCAGAGUUGGUGAGCAUUUCAGAACUAGCUCAACCGCUAGAGAGUGGCACCCACUUCCCUCUCUUCUUACUUUGUCUUCAACAAUUAGCUAAAUUACAAGAUCGAGAAUGGUUAACUGAACUUUUUCAACAAAGCAAGGUCAAUAUGCAGAAAAUGCUGCCAGAAAUUGAUCAGAAUAAGGAUCGAAUGUUGGAGAUUUUGGAAGGAAAGGGACUGAGUUUCUUAUUCCCGCUCCUUAAAUUGGAGAAGGAGCUAUUGAAGCAAAUUAAGCUGGAUCCAUCCCCUCAAACUAUAUAUAAAUGGAUUAAAGAUAACAUCUCUCCCAAACUUCAUGUAGAUAAAGGAUUUGUGAACAUCUUAAUGACCAGCUUCUUACAGUACAUUUCUAGUGAAGUAAGCCCACCUAGCGAUGAAACAGAUUCUUCCUCUGCUCCUUCCAAAGAACAGUUAGAGCAGGAAAAACAACUGCUGCUCUCUUUCAAGCCAGUGAUGCAGAAAUUCCUUCAUGACCAUGUGGAUCUCCAGGUCAGUGCCCUGUAUGCUCUGCAGGUGCACUGUUACAACAGCAGCUUCCCAAAAGGCAUGUUACUUCGAUUUUUUGUUCAUUUCUAUGACAUGGAAAUUAUUGAGGAGGAAGCUUUUUUGGCUUGGAAGGAAGAUAUAACUCAAGAGUUUCCAGGGAAGGGCAAGGCUUUGUUCCAGGUAAAUCAGUGGCUAACCUGGCUAGAAACUGCUGAAGAAGAAGAAUCAGAGGAAGAAGCUGACUAAAGAACCAGCCAAAGCCUUAAAUUGUGCAAAACAUACUGUUGCUAUGAUGUAACUGCAUUUGACCUAACCACUGCGAAAAUUCAUUCCGCUGUAACGUUUUUCACAAUAUUUAAAGCAGAAGCACGUCAGUAAGGUUUCCUUCUGCAUAAGGUUUUUGUAGUGUGAUGUCUUAAUCAUAGUCUACCAUCAAAUACUUUAGGAGUAUCUUAAUGUUUAGAUAGAAUAUUAGCAGCAUGCAAUAAUUACAUCCUAAGUUCUCAAGCAGAGGCAGUCUAUUGCAAGGACCUUCUUUGCUGCCAGUUACCAUAGGCUGUUUUAAGUUAGAAAACUGAAUAGCAACACUGAAUACUGUAGAGAUGCACUUUGCUCAGUAAUACUUGAGUUGUUGCAAUAUUUGAUUAUCCAUUUGGUUGUUACAGAAAAAUUCUUAACUGUAAUUGAUGGUUGUUGCCGUAAUAGUAUAUUGCCUGUAUUUCUACCUCUAGUAAUGGGCUUUAUGUGCUAGAUUUUAAUAUCCUUGAGCCUGGGCAAGUGCACAAGUCUUUUUAAAAGAAACAUGGUUUACUUGCACAAAACUGAUCAGUUUUGAGAGAUCUUUAAUGCCCUUGAAGUGGUUUUUGUGGGUGUGAAACAAAUGGUGAGAAUUUGAAUUGGUCCCUCUUAUUAUAGUAUUGAAAUUAAGUCUACUUAAUUUAUCAAGUCAUGUUCAUGCCCUGAUUUUAUAUACUUGUAUCUAUCAAUAAACAUUGUGAUACUUGA